CCAUGCAAGGUGCAAAGUAUCAAACUUUAGGGGGGGGGGGGGAGAGGAGGAGAAAGGAGGGGGGUGACCCUUUAGAAAUCUCUACUUCAGCCAGCCAGGGUUGAAAUCCGAUCCCUGUUGACAUAUGGGAUCAUGUCAAGGGGUUGCUGAUGAGUUUUUAAAACUCCUAAGGAGAGCAGGGUGGUGAAAACCCCUCUGUAUUCCUCUACAAGGACAAGCAGGGGGAGAAAGUCAAUCAAACUCCAGUGCCAACAGAGCCAAGGGUUCAUUUUCCUCACACCUAACCUUGUUAAUUUCUUUAAGGGAUUUUUUUUUUUAAAUGGCAGGAGUGCCUCCUCCAUAGGAAUGUGUCCAAGCAAAUUGCUUCUGCGUGGGGGGGAGGGGAGGAAUAGGAAAAAGUGAUCUGUACAGUCUGUGCGAUUGCUUUUUAUUGGAGAGUUCCAGUUAGUUUGUUGUGUAAAUGACAGAUGUGACUUGAUGUCAAAAUACUUUCCCCUCCCCCUCCCCAAAGGGGGAGAAACUUUGUUGUGAAAACUUAGUGGUUUAAGUAGUGGUGUGUGGAGUAGCAGCGACCUCGCUCUGUUCGAAAGGGAAUCACCUUUUGGAUGUAUCUGGGGUUUGGUUUGUUGUCACAAUAUUUUGAAAUAUUAUGAAAUAGCCUUGAUGGCCUAGAAGGAAGAGUAGGGAAGUAAAAACAUCCUACUUUUUUUUUUCCAAAUUUGUGGCUUCUCAUCCCUCUUUGAAUCUGGCUUUUAAAGGCGUCCAACCCAGGAUCUGGCUAUGUUUAUACACCAGGUUUGAAAGAAACUUUUGGGCUGUGAAUUGAGGCAUUGGGCAGAGUCAAGAUGGCCUCUCCGGCAGACAGCUGCAUCCAGUUCACCCGCCACGCAAGUGACGUACUUCUCAAUCUCAACCGCCUUCGGAGCCGGGAUAUCCUCACCGAUGUCGUUAUCAUCGUGAACCGGGAACAGUUCAGAGCCCACAAAACUGUCCUCAUGGCCUGCAGCGGCCUCUUCUACAGCAUAUUCACCGACCAGCUAAAGUGCAAUCUGAACAUCAUCACUCUGGCCCCAGACAUCAACCCCGAGGGAUUCUGCAUCCUGCUGGACUUCAUGUACACCUCCCGCCUCAACCUGAGGGAAAGCAACAUCAUGGCCGUCAUGGCCACUGCGCUCUACCUACAGAUGGAGCACGUCGUCGAUACUUGCCGAAGGUUUGUCAAGUCUAGCGAAGCCGAAAUGGUCUCUGCAAUGAAGACGCCAAGGGAAGAGUUCUUGACGGGCCGGAUGCUGAGUCAUCCGGAGGUGAUGGCGUACAGGAGCCGGGAAGUCUCAGAGAACAACAUGCCUCUCCGAAACACGCCUCUCUGCGAUGGGAGGGCCUUUGCCUCCAGUUUGUAUAGUGGCCUGUCUGGAUCGCCCCUUUCCUACACUGGAUACAACCCCAUUCCAGUCAACGGUUUCCUCUUAGACGACGAGCUGCGAGAGACGAGGAUGCCCCUGCAGGAUGUCUCGAGGGUCAACCCUUUCCCAAAGGAGAGAACGCUGCCAUGUGACAGCUCCAGGACGAUCCCUACAGACUAUACCAGAGCCGUCACUGAUCUUUCAGCCAACACGUGCCAUGCCACCAUCUAUUCUCCAAAAGAGGCUGCUGCCGAAGAGGCCAGAAGUGACAUGCACUACAGCAUAGCCGCUGGUCCUAAGCCCGUCGCACCUUCGGUCCGAAACAAUCCCUACUUCGCCUGUGACAAAGUGGCCAAAGAAGAAGAGCGGACCUCUUCGGAAGACGAGAUAAGCCAACACUUCGAACCAACCAACACACCAAUGAACCGAAAGGGUCUCAUCAGCCCCCAGAGCCCCCAGAAAUCAGACUGCCAACCCAACUCGCCAACUGAGUCCAGCAGCAGCAAGAACGCCCGCAUAGCUCAAAGCUCUGGAUCUCUGGGUACCAAGAGCCCUACCGACCCCAAAGCCUGCAACUGGAAGAAGUACAAAUUCAUCGUCCUCAACAACCUCAACCAGAGCACCAAGCAAGACGGUGCCGACCAGAACGAAGCGGGGACCCUCUCCCCUCGCUCCUACGUGUCUACUUCGGCUUGCCAGCAGUCCAUGGAACCUGAGAAUCUAGACGUCCAGUCCCCAACCAAGCUGAGCUUGAAUGGGGAAGACUCGACAAUCCCACAAGCAAGCAGGCUCAACAACAUUGUGAACAGAUCUCUGGAUGGGUCCCCUCGGAGCAGCGAGGGGCAGUCCCCUCUGUACCUGCAUUCCUCAAAAUGCAGCUCCUGCGGCUCCCAGUCCCCCCAGCAUUCUGAGAUGUGCCUUCACACCCCUGGCUCGACCUUCGGAGAGGAAAUGGGCGAAACCCACUCCGAAUACUCCGACUCCAGUUGUGAAAACGGAGCCUUCUUCUGCAAUGAGUGUGACUGUAGGUUCUCUGAAGAGGCUUCCCUCAAGAGACACUCCCUGCAGGCGCACAGUGAUAAGCCCUACAAGUGUGACCGUUGCCAGGCCUCCUUCCGCUACAAGGGAAACCUAGCCAGCCACAAAACCGUUCACACAGGCGAGAAGCCAUAUCGUUGCACUAUCUGCGGAGCGCAGUUCAACCGGCCGGCCAACCUGAAGACCCACACGCGCAUCCACUCUGGAGAGAAGCCCUACAAGUGUGAGACCUGCGGGGCCAGAUUUGUCCAGGUUGCCCAUCUCCGAGCUCAUGUGCUAAUCCACACUGGUGAAAAACCCUACCCCUGUGAAAUCUGUGGCACGCGCUUCCGGCACCUGCAGACGCUCAAAAGCCACCUUCGAAUCCACACUGGAGAGAAACCGUACCAUUGUGAGAAGUGUAACCUGCAUUUCCGCCACAAAAGCCAGCUGCGGCUCCACCUCCGGCAGAAACACGGCGCCAUCACCAACACCAAGGUGCAAUACCGCGUCUCGACAACAGAGCUGCCACCAGAACUGCCCAAGGCGUGCUGA